AUGGACAAAGAAUUAUACAUUCAGCGAACAGGUGGCAAAGUUGCAAGACUGGUAGACGGCACUGUAGACAUGAUUGGUCAAGACGAUAGCAAGAAAAACCGGAAACACAAAAAGGUUGUAGAGGCGGUCAAGGAACGGGAAAAGGAUGACAAGGAGCGGUUAUCACGAAAACAACGACAAGAGGAACGAGAAAAGACGACAGGCAAAGGCUGGUUCGAUAUGGCUAGACCCGAAGUGACAGCAGAGUUGAAACGAGAUUUGCAGCUGCUGAAGAUGCGCCACGUGAUUGACCGUAAACGACAUUACAAGAAGGUCGGCAAGGAGACACCCACAUACUUCCAAGUCGGCACUGUGGUGGAAGGACCCACUGAAUACCAUUCGGCUCGACUGACGCGUAAGGAGCGCAAGGAGACGAUUGUGGAUGAACUGAUGGCCAACGAAGACGCCAAGCAGUACUAUAAACGCAAGUACAAUGAAGGGCAGACUCGUGGUACUAACGGUCGAAAAAAGGCAAAGCGACAAAUGAAGCGAUUGUAA